GACGGGGCGUCGUGUUUGUUUCCGGAAGUGCUCGCGCGGCCUGGCGCCCGGCGCGAGGCGGGAUGGAGAUCACCCGGAGCAAUUUUAAGGGCGCUCUUGGGAAAGUCUACGAGGCCGUCGAGGACGCCGACUUCCUGGCCAUCGACGGGGAGUUUUCAGGGAUCAGCGACGGGCCGUCCGUGAGCGCGCUGACCAACGGCUUCGACACGCCCGAGGAGCGGUACCAGAAGCUGCGGAAGCAUUCCAUGGAUUUCUUGCUGUUCCAGUUUGGCCUAUGCACUUUUAAAUACGAUCAUGCAGAAUCUAAAUACAUCAUCAAAUCAUUUAACUUCUACAUCUUCCCCAAACCUUUCAACAGAACAUCGCCAGAUGUCAAGUUUGUCUGUCAGAGCUCAAGUAUAGAUUUUUUAGCAAACCAGGGAUUUGAUUUUAAUAAAGUUUUUCGCAAUGGUAUCCCUUAUUUAAAUCAGGAAGAAGAAAGACAGUUACGGGAGCAGUAUGAUGAGAAGCGUUCUCAAGCCAACGGGCUGGGGGCCUUGUCAUAUAUGUCACCUGGUGCCACGAAGCGCCCAUCAACUGUUCCUGAGGAUCAGAAGAAGUUCAUCGAGAAAGUCAUAGAAAGGAUAGAAGAUCUCUUGCAGAACGAAGAAAGCACCAACGUGCAGCUGGAGCCGUGCACAGGGUUUCAGAGGAAACUGAUCUAUCAGACCCUGAGCUGGAAGUAUCCAAAAGGCAUCCAUGUUGAAACUCUGGAAACAGAAAAGAAGGAGCGGUACAUGAUCAUCAGCAAAGUGGACGAAGAGGAGCUCAAGAGAAGAGAGCAAGAGAAGCAGGCAAAAGAGCAGGAGGAACUGAAGGAUGCGGUGGGGUUUUCCCGAGUCAUUCACAGCCUUGCAAAUUCCGGCAAGCUUGUGGUCGGACACAACAUGUUACUGGAUGUCAUGCACACCAUCCACCAGUUCUACUGCUCCCUCCCGGAGGAUUUCAGUGAGUUCAAAGAACUAGCAACAUGUGUCUUUCCCAGGUUAUUGGACACUAAAUUGAUGGCGAGCACUCAGCCAUUCAAGGAGAUUAUUAAGAACACAUCCCUGGCCCAGUUGGAAAAGCGUCUGAAGGAGAUGCCCUUCAACCCUCCAAAAGUUGAAAGUGCUGAAGGGUUUCCCAGCUACGACACAGCCUCAGAGCAGCUUCACGAAGCUGGUUAUGAUGCCUACAUCACAGGCCUCUGCUUCAUCUCCAUGGCAAACUUCUUAGGUUCAUUUCUCAGCCCGCCCCAAAAUCAUGUACCUGCCAGUUCAAAGCUGAUAGAGCCCUUUUUCAACAAAUUAUUUCUGAUGAGGGUGAUGGACAUUCCAUAUCUCAAUUUGGAAGGACCAGAUUUACAGCCAAAACGUGAUCAUGUCCUUUAUGUUACGUUUCCCAAAGAGUGGAAGACAAGUGACCUUUACCAGCUUUUUAGUGCUUUUGGAAAUAUUCAUGUGUGCUGGAUUGAUGAUACGUCAGCAUUUGUGUCUUUGAGCCAACCUGAACAAGUGCAGAUUGCAGUUAAUACCAGCAGGUAUGCUGAGAGUUACCGAAUCCAGACUUACGCGGAAUAUAUUGAAAAGAAGCAUGAGGAGAAGAAGCAGGCAAAGAGGAAAUGGGCAGAAGACAGUUGGAAGGAGAUGGAAGUGAAGCGGUUAAAAACGCAGGCCAGCCCGUAUGCGCUUCAGAACCGGUAUUGCGGUGUUGAUAGUUUUUCAACUCCUGGCACUGUGGGGAAGCGAAGCAUGAGCCCCAUCCAAGAGGAGAGCGCCACAGACGACCUGGAGGAGGCUGCAGUGCAAGAGGUGGACCUGGCCCACCCAGAGGCCUUUCUGGAGCCUGCAGAAGGGAAGAAACAAGUCAAGAAGUUCAAGGAAACCAAAGGGGAGCAAACGUUGGAUGGGGGGCUCAAGGCCACUCCCACCAGGCUCUUUGACGUUCCAGACACGUGGUAGCUGCCGGGGGCACCAAAUCAAAGAGGGCUUCCAGUCCAAGGAAUCGGUGGCUUGUCUCCUCCCAAGCCACACCAUAUGGAAAAAAAGGUGGUUUAUACACAAAUAAAGGGCAGGAUGCUUCUUGGAAACCCAUUUUAUUUUUUAAUCUGUCUACUGAACAAUCACAGUCGCUGUUUUUACGUGUUUGCAUGUGUGUACAUGUCAGUUUUGUUGAUUAUGUGAAAUCCUUUUGCUGUCAUAUAUGUUAAAUCAAAAUGCCAAACCCCCUGUACAUGCAACGUGGCUGACAAACUUUACAAGCAGAGCCUGCGUGUGCAGCUGGCUCUGCUGGUCCUCCUCAGUACGUAAGGCUGUGUCUACGUCCGGUCCAGACUUUCAGGCACGUUAAUACCUAGUCGGUCCCCUGGCACUUUCAGCCAUUUUCUUCCCUGCCAUUUUCUGCUGUAGCUAAAGCGCAUCCUGUGUUCUGCCCACCCAAAUUAAAGAGAAACAGUCCUUUCCCUUUGGGGAAAGAAAAAACGGUCUUAAUCUUCAAACUAGCAUACUUGGAGGGGAGAGAAACCUUCUCCGACACGUUUUCCCUUGAUUUGUGAGUUGCGUUCUAUAUUUAAAAAGACAGACAGAAACCAGUAGCCUUCACCAGCUUUUGUUAGUUUAAAAAAUAAAUCCGCUUUGGUAGAUUUCAUAAACUUGGUUUGAUAUUUAACAUUUUUGUAUCGUGGAAUGAAAAAUGUUAUUUCCAUAAAGUGAAGAAUUAAAGAACUUUUUUCUUAGG